AUGCCUGAGGGUCAGAUGCCGGAGAGGGUCAGAUGCCUGAAAGGGUCAGAUGCCGGAGAGGGUCAGAUGCCUGAGAGUCAGAUGCCGGAGAGGGUCAGAUACCUGAGAGAUGCCCGAGGGAGAAAAUACUGGUAUUGUUUUAUUCACAUCCUCAUCACCGUCAUCACAGAUUGUUUUGAUCCAUCCAAGACUGCCAUCAGUGUAUUGAAAAUCAAUCCUCCCAGCAACAGAGGUAAGCAGAUGAAGAACGAUGACGGGUACGCCUGCGUCACUGUCAAGCCUUGUACCUCCUACUCCUCAGUUGUACCCAGAACACAUAUGUACCCACAAACAGUUGUACCCAGAACACAUAUGUUCCCAGAAACAGUUAAACAGUUGUACCCAGAACACAUAUGUACCCAGAAACAGUUGUACCCAGAAACAGUUGUACCCAGAACACAUAUGUACCAAGAAACAGUUGUACCCAGAACACAUAUGUACCCAGGAACAGUUGUAUCUAGAACACAUAUGUACCCAGAAACAGUUGUACCCAGAACACAUAUGUACCCAGAAACAGUUGUACCCAGAACACAUAUGUACCCAGAAACAGUUGUACCCAGAACACAUAUGUACCCAGAAAAAACAGUUGUACCCAAAACACAUAUGUACCAAGAAACAGUUGUAUCUAGAACACAUAUGUACCCAGAAACAGUUGUACCCAGAACACAUAUGUACCCAGAAAGUUGUACCCAGAACACAUAUGUACCUAGAAACAGUUUUGUACCCAGAACACAUAUGUACCCAGAAACAGUUGUACCCAGAACACAUAUGUACCCAGAAAGUUGUACCCAGAACACAUAUCUCUUCCAACAGCAGCUGAUAAAGUUUUGA